AUGUAUGCCAUAUUGAACGCACCGGGUUCUUGGCAUGAUUCUGCUGUAGCAGUUCCUCUCUACGAGCGACUCCUCAAUCACACCCCCGAGGGAUAUAGAAUCAUAAGCGACACAGCCUUUCCACGCAAGAGUCAACGGCUUCAGAGACAAAUAUUGGCACCGAUCAAGCGAGGAGAUCGGCUACCUGAAACCCCCAGAUUGUUCUCUCGCAUGAAGUUACUCAACGAGGAGGUAGUAUCGGCUCGACAGGCAGCAGAGUGGGGGAUGCGCUCCUUGCAAGGCUCACUUGCCCGCUUGAAGCUACCAAUGCCUGCAGCAGAUCAGUCUCAACAAUUGUGA